UUAAAAAAUCAGCUUAAGGGAUCAAACGUUAAAUCAGGAUAAUAAAACAAGGGUUACAAAAAGGUUUAGGUAGAAGAACGAGUGCAAUAUUAUGCCGAAGAAAAGAAGCAGUCAGUCGGGAUCUAACUCAACCACAGCAAAGUUGAUUAGUAGAAUCAAUAAAUUCGGACAAAACGUGAUUAAUAAUAGAAACUUUAAAAAAGCCAAUGAACAGAAUACACGUACAUCAACUCAUUUCACUUAUGAUGAUGAUGAAGACGAUGAAGUUUUCGUGUUAACUGCUAAGCAAAAGCAACAACUGCAAAGAAACGAAUUUUUGGAGUCAUUAACAAAGGAACAACUUAAAAUUGAAGCAAAACGAAGGGGCCAGAAAACUGCUGGAACUAAAACCGAGCUGUUACAAAGAUUGGGCUACAAAAUGUCGCUCAGACAUUCAAGCUCACUUAACAACAUUCGUCAAUCGAGUGGACAAAUGAAAAUAUCUAAAUCAACGCCAAAUGGAUCAUUAUCAAGUGGAGGAAAUAAUGUUGAGAAAGAGCGACUACGUAAAGAGAGAGAAGGAAUCAAAUUAUGGACUCAUCCAAUUCUGACAAUCAAGUAUUGCGUUCUUGAGUCAACAACACUCUUUCAAAUUUACAAACGAAGCUUAUUAAAUCAUAAGAAAACGAUUGCAUUAGUUACACUCAUCUUAAUCGCUUUCUUCACACUUUGGUACAUACCAGGAAAGCAUCAAAUUUAUGUCGAAUGGAUUCGAAAAAAUGCUUUCUUUGUUGUUUACUGGGUUGGAUUGGGAGUUAUUUCAUCAAUUGGAUUAGGAACUGGACUUCAUACCUUUUUACUUUAUCUCGGACCACACAUAGCAAGUGUUACGUUAGCUGCUUACGAAUGCGGGUCUUUAGACUUCCCCGAGCCACCUUAUCCAAAUGACAUUGUUUGUCCUGAUGAGCCAACAAAUGGCUUUGUGCCAUCAUUAUGGAGUAUCAUGUCGAAAGUUCGUCUCGAAUCAUUCCUUUGGGGUGCUGGUACAGCUCUUGGUGAAUUGCCGCCUUAUUUCAUGGCGAGAGCAGCGAGACUUUCAGGAUAUGAUCCGGAAGAUGCUGAAGAUCUACAAGAAUUUGAAGAAUUACAGAAAAAGCGUGAACUUGGCGAGAAGUUAAAUUUAUUUGAAAAACUAAAGUUGGGAAUGGAACGUAUUGUUGAACGUGUUGGAUUCUUUGGAAUUCUUGCUUGUGCAAGUAUUCCAAAUCCACUCUUCGAUCUCGCAGGAAUUACUUGCGGACAUUUCUUGGUGCCAUUUUGGACUUUCUUCGGUGCAACUCUCAUUGGAAAAGCUGUGAUUAAAAUGCAUCUACAGAAGAUUGUAGUGAUUGUUGCUUUCAGUGAGCACUUGAUCGAUAAAGGUGUUGAUCUGAUAGCAUUUAUUCCUGUCGUGGGACAGAAAAUGCAGGAGCCGUUCAAGGCUUUCCUAACAAACCAAAAAGAGAAACUUCACCGUGGAAAAACGCUUAAACAUAAAGGAAAUGUUCUUCAGAAGGUUUUUGAAGUAUUCGUGAUAGGAAUGAUUCUCUACUUUAUCCUAUCAAUCAUCAACUCUCUUGCACAGAGUUGGCACAAGCGAAUUCAUAAGAAAACGAGCAAAAAGCAAAGAAAAAUUGCUAAAGAUUAAAAGACAAAACCAUUAAUAUGGAUCGUAUUGAAAUCAUCCAAAAUAGUUUAAUUACUUUUAUCAUUGAAUGAAUGUCCAUCCCAAAAAAAAGAGAAAGAAAAAGUAACAAGAAAAAUAUCUAUAAUUAAUUAAUUUAUUUUAUAAUGAAACUACUAGGUCAACGCUCAGGCUAAAAACAUGAAACUGAUGAUGAAGAAUAAACUGCUGAGCACAGUCGUUAGUAAGAAUUUUACGGUAAAGAGAAUAAAAAAGUCUUUUGUUGUUAGUUGACAAUUAGUUUGAUUUUAUUUUCUUUGUUUUCUGUGAUGUUUUAUUUAUAAAAUUAUUAUUUUGAUUUUCAGUUGUUAAAGAGUUUAAUGAAAU